AUGCGUAUAAGGAAAGGAAAAUGUAGAAAAUUUGCUUGGAGUGUCAGGGAUCCAAGGUUGAAUGUUCUCCAAAAUGAAGUACUCUGGGCGUUUUACAGUGACUAUGUCAUGGGAUGCCAUAUUCUCUCAAGUUACUCCAAAGCUGAACUCCUGGCACUGGCAUUGUUCUUCACCGAACAAUUUCCAAUUGAGGAUGCUUACAUUGGUCUUGUUGCCUCAAGAUUGGAUAUCUCCUCUCUUGGAGAGCAAUACUGA